AUGUGUGUUUUUGCAAGAGGAAAGGAAGUAGGGCUUGUCUUUUUUUUUUUUUUUUUUGGAGUUGCGGCAAUGUUUACAUCGACGUGGAGGUCCCUGGCGCCUCGGCCACUGAAUCGCGUGACGCUGCUUGGCGCGAUGCAUGAAGUGCAGAGGGGGUUUCUUGGUCAAUCCAGUGUUUUUCAGUUUACUCUGACAUGCCUGCUUUUUGAGCCCCCAAAGCGGGACCAGGCAGACAAGAAGCCUAUCGCGACGCCCCCAUCUCCAACAGCGAAAGGGGGCGCGUCGCAGUUUGUGAAGGAGCAGUACACUGUUCGCUGCAUGGGGGAUGAGGCGUACACGGAGGCGCUGAACAACACGCUGGAGGCGGGUUGUAUUGUGCGGGUGAUUGGGCGGCUGAAAACAUUUGAGGUGGCGGAGGGCGGGAAAAAACAGUUGUUUCCAACUAUUCUUGUUGAACAGGGACGGUGGAGUCAUGUCGCACUCCUGCAUUCAUUGAGAAGACAGCGGCGUGAUUGGCAACUGCAGAAUGCUCUGACAGAGACUCGGAAUUCAAAGUAG